UCUCUCUCUCUCUCUCCUCCCUAAAUCUCGCCUCUAAAUAUCGGUGAGAUCGCCUCGGUCGGGCUCUCGUGGCCUUCACCUCCCCUCUCCCGCGAAAUCCAUGGCGUCUCUCCUCGAAUCCGGGUGGCUGGUUUGUAGUGCUACAGAGAUUAGAACCUGAAUCACAGGAACAUGUAUCUGAUAACUCAUUUCAGUGAAUUUCAAUUGGCUACUGUGGUAACUUUCAUAAUACAUGAAAGUGUCUUCUUCUUAUCGGGCCUUCCAUCUUUAUACUUCGAGAGAUCUGGGCUUUUCAGCAAAUACAAAAUUCAGAAAAAGAGCAAUGCUCCUGCUUCACAAGAUAGAUGUGUUCUGCUGCUAAUUCUGUACCACGUAUGCGUGAACUUGCCAGUUAUGAUUGUUUCCUAUCCCACCUUCAGAUUCAUGGGCCUUAAAAGCAGUCUCCCAUUGCCUCAUUGGACUGUUAUCCUUUCUCAAAUUCUUUUCUACUUCAUCUUGGAGGAUUUUGUAUUUUACUGGGGCCACAGAGUGUUACACACAAAAUGGCUGUACAAGCAUGUUCACAGUGUUCAUCAUGAAUAUGCUACGCCUUUUGGAUUGACCUCAGAGUAUGCCCAUCCUGCUGAAAUACUGUUCCUUGGCUUUGCUACCGUUAUAGGGCCUGCUCUCACCGGCCCUCACCUAUUAACUUUGUGGCUAUGGAUGGUGUUGAGAGUAUUGGAAACAGUUGAAGCUCACAGCGGGUACCACUUUCCAUGGAGCCCAUCAAAUUUCUUGCCGUUGUAUGGAGGUGCCGACUUUCAUGACUACCACCAUCGCGUGCUUUAUACAAAAUCUGGAAACUACGCGUCUACUUUUAUCUACAUGGACUGGCUAUUUGGCACCGACAAAGGUUACCGUAAGCUAAAGGCCCUGGGGGAAGAAAUGAAGCAACUGUAAAUUCUUGAAGAAGGUACCUACUAGCUUUCUCACAUCUCAAAAGCACUUCUGAGGGCAUUUGGAUUUUGGUUUUAAAUGUGCCUGAUGUUCCUUUGUUUUGAUAAUGAAAGAAUAGGCAUAAAAAUUUGUCUUGAUUGGCAACCUAGAAAGGAGGUGAGGUUUUGUUUGCUUAUUUCGCCUGCAUGAUGAAUGUAUUUCCCGUCGGCAAUCCAAUUCACCAACUGAUCUGUCUUUUGGCUUAUAUUCUUCAACUUUUCUAUUCAAAACUUAAAAUCUACUGGAUGGACAAUUAUUUAUUUCAAUCAACCAUCCUUUCAUUGGCAUGCGGCUAUGACGAAAUUAAAUAUUUUUGAGUGUUCUGAUA